CUUUGUUUUAUGGACGUAAUAUUAGACUACGGACAGUUAAAUAAGUGUAAAAAAGGCACUUAUGCCGUUGACUGAAAGUUAUUUCGAACAAUUCGGACAGUUAGCGGAAACGUAUUUUUCAACAAACAUGGCAACAAUUGGUAAUAUCGGUCCUUUUGACAGCGCCGAAGAAACUUGGCAAUCGUAUACAGAGCGAUUUGAACUUUUUGUAGACUGCAACGGGAUUAAUGCCACAAAGAAAGCGAGCACACUACUAACGGUAAUGGGAGUCAGGACGUAUAAAUUGUUAAAGGACUUAAUCACACCUGAUAAACCUUCGUCCAAGACGUACGAGGAAAUUGUAGACACGGUCGGUAAACAUUUACACCCGAAACCGUCGUUUAUUACAGAACGUUUUAAAUUCAGCCGCAGACAUCAGUUAGAACACGAAACAGUGAGUGAUUAUAUCGUACAACUUAAGCAGCUAUCGCAACAUUGUGAGUUUGGGGACAAGCUUCCAGACCAUCUACGCGACAGACUGGUAUCAGGCCUCAAGAACCACCACAUCCAGAGACGACUGCUGGGGGAGGAUAACCUGACCUACGACAAGGCAGUACAGCUGGCAACGUCAAUGGAGUUCGCCGAGAAAGGAGCAGCCCAGAUGACGCUUAAUCCAGGAGGACGACUUCAGCGCCUCAGCCAGACGACAAGGACAGCACCAAGCGGAAGCGGGGGAAAAUUCGCAGCCAACAGAGGUUCGGCAACGUCACAGCCCCGGGAGUGCAACUGCUGUGGAAAGAACAAUCACAAUACUCUGCAAUGUCGGUAUCGUUGGCAAUAUGCAAAAUCAGGCGAUAUUUCUAAUAAAACAGCUCAUGGCUAUUUCCCGUGACGUCAUAUCACGCCACCAUCACACCACC